AUCCGUCCACGCGUCGACCCGUCCACGCGUCGAUGAUGGGGACCAGUUGUCCUCGUGAGUGACAUUUUCUGGAAGAGUUUAAGUUGAGCAGAAGCACCCGAGUCCUCCAGAAGGGAUCAAUGAACCAGACGACUUUCUCCUCCGAGGAGGUGCGUUCUCUCCCAGCGAGACCUCCGGCUUUACCCGCAGCUUCACCAAAGAGACGGUUUGUCAAGUUGGGAAGAAAGACAAGUGAUGGAUCCCAGCAAUCGGCUUCAUCCACUGGCAGUUCAUCCACCAGCAGGUCAGCGGAGGCCGUGGCCGUCAGACAGCCCAGCAGGAGCCGCAUCCGUCGCCAAACUAACCGCCUCUCGGGCAUCUUCCUCCACGGCUCUGCCUCCAACUCUGGCUCCAUGGCGCUGACGGCGGGAAUCAGGGCCUCGCUGUCCAUCCAAGCCAGGAAGGGAAGCAUGAUCCCUGCAGAUGCUUUUAGAGCGGACGACCCGUCCGAGCUGUCCAAUCAGAUCACGGCUCCGGGGAUCCUGAAGAUCUUUGGAAACGAGAUCUGCGAGGGAGCUCACUAUAAGAGCGUCCUGGCCACCACACACUCCAGUGCAAGAGAGCUAGUCAAAGAGGCCCUCGAACGGUAUGGCCUGGGCAAGGAGGAGGCAGAGUCCUAUGUUCUGUGCGACACCAUUGGCUCCACCGGAGACCAUCGGUGGAGGACGGAGGGGUUCCGAGUGGUGAGCGACAACGAGAAGCCUCUCAUCCUGCAGUCGCUAUGGAAACCCAGAGAAGGCCUGGCGAGGCGGUUCGAAAUCCAGAGGAGGAGCUCGAUAGAGGAGAAGACAUCCAAAGACAAAGACACCGUCACUGCUGGUAUCAACGCCCAGGCUCGAAAGCUGCAGAAGAGCCGCUCCAGAGUGACCUCCACCCUCAUAGAGAGGACCACGGGACGAGGCCACAAACUGUGGAGGAGCAAAAGUGAGAUGGACCUCUUAGAUGCUGAUGCAGAGGCCAAACAGGACAGCGUUCAUGAUAAUUGUCGCAAGGAUCGAAACGAGAGUCUGAAUCAAACAAGCCCGGAACAGAAUCCCAUUCACAGCCCAGCCGUCCCCUCCGGGUCGCAGCCCAAAACAGAGGGCCUCUGUCCGCCGAGGCCAAGGGGCUGGCGGGAAAGAGAGGAGUCGGAGAGGGAGGAGACGGAGAGCAGCGACGAUAACACCACACAGUACUCCAUUCACCCUCCUCACGACUGUCCGUACCUGCUGUUGCUGCAGGGCUGCAGCCUGGCACAGGACUUUGUCGUCUACCUACUCGCCGGGCCAAACAUUGCAUUCGGUCGGCAGAGCGAUCACGACAACGGGACAAAGCCGGACACCCUUCUCUUUGCAACCGACAUCCUUCCGAGGCACUGCCAUUUCCAGCGCCAUGGCGUCGGAGGCCCUACCUUUCUAUGCCCCUGUCCCAACGCCGCCGUCACGAGGAAUGGCGAAGUGCUAAAAAAAGAAGUGCAGCUUAACCCUGGUGACGUCAUCGGGAUGGGACAGCGCUACCUGUUUCUGUUCAAGGAUCCCUUUGCCUCGAUGCACAAGGAAGAGGACAAUGCUGCUCCUGAGCCCAGCAUGACUGCUGUCCCCUGGAUUCUGGGUCACACUUCUUCUCCCAUUACAACGAGCCAUACUAGAGAAAUUAUCCUCUGCGACACCUGCAUCACAACCUCUGCCGACCUCCAGAGCCCCCAAGACAGACGCCUUCCCUUUUUAAAAUCGUCCGAACAGCACAACCCGACUCUGGAGUACGAGGGUGGGGAUGAGGAGCGCAUCAUCAAGGAAAUAGUUGCUAUGGGAAGGACCAGCGUCAGAGACGGACCACCAUUGACAGUUGCAUUUUUACUGUGUCUGUGCAUGCAGUAUUCGUCCACAUCUCUUCAUACUUCAGACCUGCGCAGGCUGCUGUUGCUUAUUGCAAGCGGGGUUCAGAGUGCCGUGUGGGAGCACACUAAAGACCUAGCUGCAGUUCAACCUGAAAUUCUCAGCAGUGAAGGCCCAAACCCGCAGGACCUUCAGGCUCUCAGCCGGCCCGAGGCGAUCUUAGGACUGUGCCCCCUGGCGGUGUGGAUGUCCAACAGUCUGGAGCUUCUGCAGUUCAUCCAGUGCCAGCUGCCUCUUAUUCUAGAGUGGAGAACCAGAAAAGAGCAGGGACAGGAAGAUGAUGAAAGAGGAACGGAAAAUGACGAGAGCAAGGAGGUGGAGAACUUGGCCCUGUUGGCGCUACGUCUGUCUGGUGUCCGUUCAGCCACUGAGGAGACGAUGGCUGUCCUGGAGGAGGUCAUCAUGCUCACCUUCCAGCAGUGUGUGUACUACAUCACCAAGAUUCUCUACCCCGUCCUGCCGGCCCUUCUGGAUUGCAACCCAUUCAGGGAAGGUCCAGACCUGCGGGCAACUGCCGAGAGCGCUCGGGUCCCGGGUAGGGGUGGACUUCAGGUCCCGAGUGAGAUCCAGCAUCUCGUGGACGUUCUGACCGAGACCUGGAGACUGCUGCGUGACUGUCAGCUCCACCCAGAGAUUUCCUCGCAGCUCAUUGGCUACCUCUUCUACUUUAUCAACGCGUCACUCUUCAACUCACUCAUGGAGAGAGGCUCCGAGCCAGGAUACUACCAGUGGGCCAGAGGCGUACGCAUGAGGGCCAAUCUUGACUUGCUCCUGGACUGGGCACAUGCAGCCGGACUGGGAGAACUGGCCUUGGAGCACACGCACACACUUUCGUCCGCUAUCAAUCUGCUGGCUACACCUAGAAAGAAUUUACUGCAGACAUCUUGGGUGUCCUUGCGGUCUGACUACCCUGCCCUGAGUCCGGCCCAGCUGAACCACCUGCUGAGUCUUUACAGCCCAGCAUCCCCCUUCAGACACACCUGGACUCCAUCUGCUCAGGACUGGGCCGCAGCACAUGAAACUGCUGAUAUCCUGGAGAGUUUCGACACCAACCAUCCUCUGGUGCUGCCUGAUGAUGGUUACCAGUUCCUACUGGGCGGGCAGGUAACAGAUGCGUCCCUGAGGGAACAGCUGGAUAAGCUCAAAGAGGUCAUGGCGGCCAUUUCGGACUCGCAGCCCGAUGAGAGCACAGCUACUGAGGAGCAAAAGGCUGAACUGAUAGAGCUGCAGGUCCUUCCAAAGGCCAGUCUGGAAACCGUGGACACAUCGUCAGUUGAGGUGAUCUCAUCUCAAGCUGCUGUCAGUGACAGCCAGUCCCCUUCCACUACCUCUGGUGCCUUACCUCCAUCGCCUCCCUCUCCCUCCUCCACCCGACACCCGGACGAGUUCGCCUCCUGUGGUGUCCUCCUUUUGUCCCGCAAGCUAAGAGAUGUGGAGCUGCAGACCAGAGAGACCUGCAACACGAGGAGGUCGGCUCUGGACCCCUCCUGUCUCCUCACCCCGCCCAACACCCCCCACCUCAUAGAUCCUGUUGAUAAGUGGAUGAAGGGCGAAGGCGAGUCGCUUUCCUGGUCUUCUGCUGUAGACGCACAUGAUGAAGGUGGAUUAGUGUUUGAAUGUCUCGCUGCACUGGAAGAAGACCGUUUGAGGUCGGACUGCCACGUGAAGAGAUUUGUCGACUUGAAAGAGGAAGAGGAGGUGGAGGAGGAAGAGGAAGAGGCGGGUGACCAUGAAGAUGACAGUAAUGAUGAGGUGUUUAGCUUGGAGCUGGAGCGAGGUGAACGAGGACUUGGUCUUGCCCUGGUUGACACAAGGGACACUUCCAUGAGGGUGAAAGGCAUCUUCGUCCGCGCCGUAGUGCCGGACUCCCCUGCAGCCCGGUGUGCGAGGCUGGCACCAGGAGACAGGAUCCUGGCCGUUAACGGAGUCAGUUUGCUGGGACUGGACUACCAGAGUGGAAAGGAGUUGAUCCAGUCUUCGGGGGACAGACUCAGGUUACUGGUGGCCCGAUCUGACUGGAUGGCCGAAGCUUUACAGACCGACUGCUGACAGCGUCUUUAAAUGCACCAUGAGCGCACUUAAAGAUGACUUUAAGAGCUUU